GGCCGCACCCCCCGGGCAACGGAGGACAGCGGGCUCCAUAGGCCGGGCUGGUUACCUUGGCAACCAACACCGCGUGCGGCGGCGCCUCCAGCUUGCCCAGUGGCGCCCAGCCUGUCCCCCCGCCGGCCGUGGUGCCCCCAGUGACGGACCUGCCGCGAGCGAGCAAUGGAGAAUACAACUUCAAGUAUAGAAUCUGAAUACAUCAAGAACCUCCAGCAACAAAUCUACUUUCUUGAACUGGAAGCCAAUUUUCUGCGUGAACAGACUAAAAAAGCCACUGAUCUUCAACCCCGCAUUACCUCUGAAACUGAACACUUGCUUCAAAAGCUAGAGGAAUUACAGUCCCAAGCUGAUGGCCUCCAUUUGGAACUCAAGCGAAAGGAAGCCAGUUUAAAUAUGCUGAAAACAGACAGAGAACGAAUUAAUAACCAGAUCAAUGUUGCAGCUGAACUUCAUUCUAGAGAGAAGCAGGCUUUACUAGAGGAGAUCAUACAACUGAAGAGAAGGAAGGAACAGACAGACAGACAGGCCUCUGAAAAGGAAAUGGAGCUAUUGCAUGCCAGGCAGGAAUUAGAACAGCAACAAACCAAUCUGAGUAAUUGUGAACAGAAAAUCCUUGUGAUACAGUCAAAGUUGAAGCAACGGUCAGAGCAGCAGACGGCAGUAGAUUUGCAGCUUUCUGAAAAGAGAAAGGAACUUAUGAAAGUGCAGUUUGCUGUGCAUGAAAUGGAAGACAAAAUAUUUAAAAAAACUGCAAUGAUGCAAGACCAGAUCACACAUGACAUCAGAAGUGAGAUAAGUUUUCUUCAUCAGCAAUUGAGAGAGAAAGAUCUACUGGCAGAGCAGGAUCGUUUCUUAAGAAGCAAAAUGAUGGAUGAUUAUGCAUCCCUGACCACAGAGAAUGCUGUGCUGCGUUCCCAGCUCUUGGAACUUAACAAGCAACUGAACAUAGAGAGAGCCCUCAGGGAAGAGAGUUCUACAUCUCAGUCUUCCAGCUUUACUCAACUUCUCAAAGUGAAAGACCAAGAAGAGCAUCUGAAACAUGAGAUCAAGAUGCACCAAGAGCUCUUGCAGCAGGAAAAGAAAAACUUGCAAGAAUGUAUGGAAAAGAUUCAUAUUUUGGAACAAGGAAGCACAUCUCUUGAUUUAAAUGUAGCAACAAUAUGUAGUCGAAUAGCUGAAAUGAAGGGUAUGCUGGACAAAGAGGAACAGGAUAAUAUUGAACUACAGAGAGAUAAAGCUUUAUUGGUAGAUCUUGUAUCUAGUUUACAAAACCAGCUUGUUGGGAGGGACAGUGAACUCUCGCAAACAUCUACUAAGAUGCUGCAGCUUGAUCAGGAUAUUUCAGCACUGAAAACAAAGCAUGUGUUACGUCAGUCUCUUCAGUCAGAAAAAUGGCAGGAAAUCUCCAAAAUGGCAAGCUCGAUGAGGAAACUUACCAAAUCAAUGACAGAUGUAGCAGAUAGCAUGGGGAAAUAUUAGGUUGGGUGACACAAUUAGAGGUGCUAUGCUGUAGAUAGAAAAUUAAUCCUUUAAGUACAACAUGACUUUAAUUUCAGUGGGCUAGUCAUCUUUAUGAUCACUUUUGUUUUUAACAAAAUUGAUUUCAGAGAUUUAAAAUGCUAUGAAAAUACUUGUAAUGGAGCAGUUUCUUUUUCACUGUACCACAUAGACAUGAGAUUGUCUUAUGAAGCCAAUAAAUAAUAUAGAUUUGGUUCCUUAAAUGUAUUUGAAAUCUAAUAAGUGUAGAUCUAGCUUUGGUGAUUGCCAAUUGUUGUAAUUUUGGUGAGUAAAAUGUUACUCAGUUUCUCUUUACACGGUAAUGAAUAAGAGUUCUUGUGUGAAAAAAUGAGUGAUAUGUGAGUGAAAAAGAUUUCAUCCAUAAUAGGGCUUCAUAAAAAUAUGAAUAAAAUAACCUAUUUUUCAGCAGAUUUAAUGGAUUUAAAUUUAAUCCAUAUCUCUUAGACAGCUUUCAAAAUCUCAUCCUAUAUUUUUUAAAAAGCAAAUGUACUAAUUGUGCUCUAUUCAGUGAAACAGUUACAUAUAGAGAGGGGUUGCUCUGCUGUUUCACAAAAUUUUGACUAUAUCCUGCCAUUAGUGUGUUUUGAAAUUUUUAAUCCAAAAUAUCUAUUCACAUAAAUUAGAGAGACAAGGUGGGUGAGGUAAUAUCUUUUAUUGGACCAACUUCUGUUGGUGAGAGAGACAAGCUUUCAAGCUACACAGAGCUCUUCUUCAGGUCCUGAGAUAUUACCUCACCCACCUUCUCUCUAAUAUCCUAGGAUCAACACAGCUACACCACCACUGCAUAUUGACUUAAAUAGUACUUCUGUGCAGAGAUCUACUCAUAGAAGAAUGUCUCCUUAUUUGAAAAGAUAUGAAACACUGCAAUCAAUUUUUCUCACAUUCAGCAUACUGCUGUCACCCUUGCAUAAGUAGUAAACUCUUCUGUGCAGUCAAAAGAGAUGUACAAAUCACAAAUGGGGCAGGCUUGCCGGAAAAAAACUAUUCAUAUUUUACAAUUAUUCAAAUUCAAAAGCAGCAGCCUAUGCAUAUUAAAAGGAACUUUUUUUUUUCAAAUGUAUAUAAAUUAAGGCUGGCUUGGGCAAAUCUGGCACUUUCAAGUUUUGUCUUCAAAAAACAAAGUUGAGCUGUAAUAUGAAAUUUGUACUUUGCAAUGUUCUAAAAUAUUUUCCAAUAAACAAUCAUUUUUCUUA